UACGAGGUAUUAGCGAUUGGAGCCAUCGGACGGGAUCAUUAUUUGGCACCCCUCUGUGUGUGUGAGGGAGAGUAGUCGCUUAUCUCUGUACCGAGAAGGCAAACGGGAAAGGGCUUCUGUGGUGAGUGCAAGUAACGGGGUGGUUAUUUUUUCAGAUUCUCGCUGUUUUUUCCACCUCCUGGCUCCGGCAGCUCGAACGCUCUGAUGGAGGCGGAAAGGUCCGGCGGGGUGGCGGAUGGAACGAAUCAAAGCCCCGCAGGAAGCGGAGCGGGGCGCAAUCCGAACGGGCCGAAGGCUGUGCUCGGUCCCGCUCCCAACGCAGCAGCUGCAACCGGGGCGAUGGCCGGAUCCUCCCUGCCUCGAGAUCCGCAGGACGGGGACGCGGGCCUCUCGCUACCCGGGAUCUUACAUUUUAUCCAGUUUGAAUGGGGCCGCUUCCAGGCCGAGAAAUAUCGCUGGGAGGCCGAAAGAGACGAGCUGAGGGCACAGGUGGCGUUUCUACAGGGUGAGAGGAAAGGUCAAGAGAACAUGAAGCAGGAUCUGGUGCGGCGGAUCAAGAUGUUGGAGUAUGCACUUAAGCAGGAGAGGGCCAAACAUCAGAAGCUGAAAAGCGGCACUGACCAGAGUCCUGGAGAGAAGAAACCAGAGACAGAGGCUGAACCAAUACCCAAUGGGCCUGCAGAUUCAGACUCCGAGCCAACCAAUCAGAUGCCUUGGAAGGAAGGGCGCCAGCUACUGCGCAAAUACCUGGAAGAGGUGGGAUACUCUGACACCAUAUUGGACAUGCGCUCCAAACGUGUUCGUUCCCUUCUGGGUCGCAACAGCCCAGAGGCUAACGGACCACCUCCCAGUGAACAACCCGCAGAAGCAGAACCUCGCAGUGGGGGAGAAUCGCUGCUGGUGCGGCAGAUAGAAGAACAGAUCAAACGGCGUGCUGGUAAAGAGAGUUCUAAAGAUCGGAUGGGCGGCUCUGUUCUGGAUAAAAUUCCCUUUCUUCGUGGCUGUGAGGACGACGAUGAGGAUGACAGUGAUGAAGAGGAAGACUUCCAGGGCAUGACCACAGACUGCAUCGACGGGCCACGGAAAAACAAGAAGUCCAGGGGCAAGAUGGGCGGAGAGCCGAUGACCACAGAUCUUGACCCUGAGGAUGAGGACGAUGAAGAUGACUCUGAGGAUGCCCUGGGCGAGUUUGAUUUCUUGGGCUCCGGAGAGGAAGGGGAGGGCGCGGGGGAGGCUCGCAUCUCUGGAGACGGCCGUGAAUUAGGUUCAGAGAACCGCCGAAACAAGUUGCAAGGCAUUAUGUCGGAUUUCCCCCCAAAACCCACUCCACCUCCCUCUAUCCCGGGUCAGGCGCGCUCCAGUGAGGGGGGCGCUCUGGGGUUCUCCUCUGACGUAUUUAUUCUGGAUGCGGUAGGAGGAGGGGAUAUGAACCUUGGAGAGCUGGCUGACCUCACUGUUGCCAAUGACAAUGACCUCACUAUUGACUUGCAGGACAGUCGAGAAGAGUUCAAGAAAACAUGGAAUCCCCGCUUUACACUGCGAAGCCACUUCGAUGCCAUCCGAGCGCUGACCUUUCACCCCAGCCAGGCCGUCCUGCUGACCGCCUCAGAGGAUGGAACGCUCAAACUGUGGAACCUCAACAAGGCAAUGCACUCCAAAAAAACUGCAGCGCUGGACGUUGAGCCCAUUUAUACAUUCAGGGCACACAGUGGUGCUGUUCUUUCUCUGGCCAUGGGAGAAGAAGGGGAGUCGUGCUACAGCGGAGGUCUGGACGGGGCUGUGCGUGGCUGGAAGAUUCCAGACCUUAAUGUGGAUCCUUAUGACAACUACGAUCCAGGUGUAGAGAGCAGCGUGUUGUCAGGACAUGAAGAUGCAGUGUGGGGUUUGGCAUAUUCUCCCAGCCUGAAGCGUCUGGCAUCGUGCUCAGCAGAUGGCACUGUUCGUUUAUGGGACCCCCACAGUUCCUCACCGUGUGUGUCUGUCUUCAAUAAAGAAAAAGAACAUGGCACUCCCACCUCGGUUGCCUUUGUCAACUCGGACCCGUCUCAGGUCGUUGUGUCCUUUGAUAGGGGCGAGACUCUGCUUUAUGACCUCAACACAGAGCAAAGCAUUAUGGUCCUGGAGACCCAGACUAAAGAUGGCAGCGAGCUGAUAAACUGUGUGGUCAGCCAUCCCUCUCAACCCAUUUCCAUAACAGCCCACGAGAACCGUACCAUCCGCUUCCUGGACAACAAGACAGGGAAAGUGAUUCAUUCCAUGGUAGCUCACCUGGACGCUGUAACCAGUCUCACCACAGACCCUAAAGGCACUUACCUCAUCUCCGGCAGUCACGACUGCUCGGUGCGCUUGUGGAUGCUGGACAAUCGCACGUGCGUGCAGGAGAUCACGGCGCACAGGAAGAAACAUGACGAGGCCAUCCACGACGUGGCCUUCCAUCCCUCUCAACCCUUCAUCGCGAGCGCCGGCGCCGACGCGCUCGCCAAGAUCUUUGUUUGAUUUUUUUAACCGGGAAAACACCCUCACUACUGGGCCAAACGAGUGAACACCGAAUAUCUCAACGCCGCACACGCUCACACAAACACUCUCACACUAACUCUGAGGGGAACAACGUACUACACAUCACUGCCUUUGUGAAAGGCACAGAACUCAAUAACCCACCAUCUUUUUAUCGAUGCCUCACAUGUUGUGAUACGAAUUUUACCGCUUUUAAUACUAAUGGUCUUGCUGCUCCUGAUUUCGGAUUUAGUCGACACUACUAAAUUGAAUUUCUGUCUCUAUCUGCACAGUGUGUAGACGGGGAUGUCCAUUCUGUUGACAGAUGGACACGCACACACCCUGGAUUUUAAUUUCAUGCUUGGUUUAGGUCAAGGAUUCGAAGGCUCUCGGUAAACAAGACACUACCCAAGCCUGCGCAACUGCUCAAUGUAAAUUACAUUAGCGCUAAUCUGUGAAUUAACGUCCUCUCGUAACUGUUGCCUGGUAACGCGAUAGAUGCAUCUCAUUCGAAAGACCCCAGUUUUUUGUUGUUGCAUUUUAGCUGCACAGCUUUACCUUUAGCGUCACUGCUAAGAGCCUUAGCAUUUCAGCUUUCAUAAUCACUUUCAUUUCAAAACCAAACAUAAGCAUUUGUGACGUUUCCGAAUCGCUCUUCAUCGUUCAUAUCCGUUCCGCUGGCGUUAUGUGUAACAUUCAAGUGACCGUCGAGUUGUAUAUUUAUAAAGUUUGGUGUCCAAGAGGAUCUGUGGUUGGAUGCGCAGGAGUUUCUGUAUAUAAGCAGAACGUGCUGUACAGAGCGCACUGUCUUACAAUCACGGUGCUAAGAUUUCCUCAGAAUCAGGGACUUGUUCGUAACGUAUCAAUCUUGGCAUUUCAAAACUGGAGUGUUGGGAAAUUCUGAAUUUGUCCUGGUGUGCUCAAGUGGCUUUUUGCAUUUUUCGUCAGGGUGUUUUUGGCGGUAAAGUCAGAUGCACACCAGAGGAUCUAAGAUGGCCGACAAUUAAAAAAUUGAGACCAGCUACAAAUUUCAGUUUGUCAAUACAGCUGCAUUGUAAAAUUAGCAUCCUGUAUCUGCAAAGAUUUUGGACAUCUGUGAUCUUCCUGUUUCGCUGAGAAGUGAACAACAUGUGAUCCUUUGAGAGGUGUCCGUGGUGAGAAGCUUGUCUGUCAGUAUUCUGGGAGUGCUGCCAGAGAGAAGCUCAGAUAGACUGUGAGUGAUAAGAAAAUAAGUAAAGCCUGCUGUCCGUUAAGUAACCGAGGAAUCAAGGCACAACACCAAAACCCGAGGGACAUGAAUUUGAUAGGUGAGAUAAGAGGGUAUUAUGGGAAAAAAGAUUUAAAGCAAAGCUCAAAUGGGUUCCUUUUGCUAACCAAGAGAUAACGAUGCAAAGUCUGUGAGAUAUUUCAAAGAAGUCUGUGUGGCUGUAAGCAGGUGAGAUGGAAAGCGAUUAAAGGAGGUAAAUCUGAUCUUCGGUUCCCUCAAUUCUGGGGAUCAAAGGUCUCAAACACGUUAGCCGGUUUCCGUUUUGCUAGGUUUAUUUUGAGCUUUUACUGGUUUUCCGUGGUCGUAGAUGGAUAGCUGGAAGGCAGGUCAGAAGUGAUGGAAACACUGAUGGGUCAAGGGCCAUAAAGUCCACUCAGUCCUCCAUCUACAUCCACUCCAUCUAUCCAGCGCUUACCACUUGGGUGUUUUCAGCACAAGAAACUGGCUUGGUUUUGAAAGGUAGCCGGUCUACGAAAAAUUGACAUGGGGAUGUUUUUUGUGUCCCUUGGGUGGAUUCACAUGCAACCGAAUCCCAUACUCCUUUGCUGCUUACCUCUUUUCUCAAAGCUACUAACGGUUGAUUUAUGCUACGCUACACCAUUGUUACGUUCUCUUCCAAAGAAUGCAGAUCCCAUGUGCGUUUCGAUGAGUUCAGCCAUCUCUUCUGUACUCCUGUUUCUUCAGACCUCGAUGCAACGAGAGUCUUGAAAUUCAGACAGAACACAUUCCUUACCGAGAGAGGACGUAAAUCUGUGUAAAAAGAACGAAAGAAACCGAUAAUGUUCAUAUGUUUGACAAGCUGCCAAUGCAAAUUGCAAGUUUCAAAUUUGAUCACUUAUUUGCUUUUCUUUACUAGACAUAUUAUGAUGGUUAUGAUUACUAGUAAUAAGGUGUAAGAAGACAGUAGUACCUUUUCUGCUAUAGGCUUAAGACUUGCUUGUGAUUGUGACAAAGCCUAAAAAAAUGAAAAUCGUAUGAGUUUAUAAAAAAACUUUCAGUCCACAGCCAAGGUAAAAGGACUUUUUGUUACGUGUUUUUAUUUUUUAAUAGCAAUUUAUCACUGUGUGAUAUUUUGUACAUCAUAUAUUAAGCUGUAUUCAAACAAUAUCCUCUUAACUACAAGGGAUGAAAGACCAGCCUUUUAUUUAUUUUGUUUUAUUAUACAUAUUUUUAAACUGCUUUCUAGCUCCUAUCGAAUUACAUCUUUUCAUUAUUUCUGUUGACUUUUGUUUUCUUUCUUUUUUUGUUUACUUUGCAGGUCUUGUGUUGUAUGUCAUAAAAAAUCCCAAAACAACUAAAUAAAAAUGGUUUUGUACA